AGCGUGGAUAGCACAGACGAUCAGAGCGAGAGAGCGAAGGAUUGUUGGGAAGAACGAGUGCUUUGGCAGAAGGCACAAAUCAAUAAUAACAGCAGCAGCAGGAGAAAGUGGUGGACACAGUGGACGGGGCAGCGGACGAAGGAAGGCCAUGAGUGGAGGAUGAUUAGGUGGUCCAGAGCUGCCCAGCGCGAUAGUGUCGUCCAUGUGGAGCACUGCACAUGCCGUCGACGAGGAAUCUGGCGGGGUAUCGCCAUCCCAGCGUUCCCGAUUCCAAAGCGGCGUCUAAUCUCUAGCCUCGCUGCCCGCUGGCUGGCUGACUGUCUGUCUGUCAGUCGGACCGUCUACAGCCGGUGUGGACGUCGGUUGGCCGCUGCGCUGCUGAGAGAGUCUCGGGGCUUUCAAAUGUACCUAUCGAAUAUCCUCUAAACUGUCGGGCAUUCUUUCCGAGUCCAUGCAGCUCGUCUGUCCAAUUGCCAUUCCUGAUUGUUGUGCUGCUCUUCUGAUGGAUCCGGAUGGAUUCCCUCUGUGAAUAUUUGAGCUCCCCAACUUCAGCUUCGGCUGCUUCAAUGAAUUGACUGGAAAUGCGAUUUGCAGAUUCGGAUGAUCAAUGUAUCCGAUCUUUCUUCCUUUACUAUCUCCUUGACGGUGGUUUCAAGGAUAAUCUAGCAACUCUGGCUGGAAUUGUAUUCAAGGAUAAUCAAUACAAUUCCACAACUUCCUUGCUUGCGAUUGUCCGAGCUCAGUGUCUAGUACUUGGGUUUGUGAGCAUUCAUUUCCGGUGAGAUUCUCGUAACGGAAGUAUGUGUGAUUUAGUUGUGGGCUCUUUGAAAACAGAAGCAAUUCACGUAAGAAUUAGCACCCAUGAGAUAUCGAAGGACAGUGGAAGGAUUUGGGGUGGCUAUGCUUCAGCCUUCGAUUCACAGCUUUGAAUGGAGAAUGCAAAAACCAAGCUCACCACGAAUGAAUGUCAGACUUCCUCACCAAGAAUUGGGUUUUCUCGACGACAUUUAAUUCUCGGAUAUACCCACAGAUGUCACGGAUUCAACACAGUUAGAUUUUAGUCCAUCCGUUCAGCCCUAUUUCUCUCCAAAUUCCCUCGUGGUUCUUCUUUAGUUGGAGACGAUGCUGAUUAUUGUGCCGCCGGUCGUCACUCUAUUGUUGUACAAGUCCCGUAAAUACCCCUUAUCCUUAAAAGUACUUGCUUCGGAUAAGAAUUCCCAGAAUUCGAACCCUCGUCCACCUCGCAGGAUAACGUCCAACGUGAAGCAAAAUCUACAAUAUUUGAAGAUUGUAAAGGAGUACCAGAAAAAAGCUAGUUCGAGUGCACCCAAGCCGGCAACAAGCUAUCGGAAGAAAAAGGUCGAGAAGAGUGAUCUUGCUGACGAGAUUGAAAGCUACGAAGAUCCCACUACAAAGCUGUACUAUACCAACUCAGGCUUAGAAAUGGCUACACCAGUCCUGCUGGUCGAUGGUUACAACGUGUGCGGCUACUGGCCUAAGCUGAAAAAGCACUUUUCAAAAGGUGAUCUGGAGACAGCUCGGCAGAAAUUGCUGGAUGAGCUGGUCGGCUUCAGUGCCAUCAAAGGUGUGAAAGUGGUGGUUGUAUUUGAUGCAACCUUAUCUGGCUUAACUUCUCGAAAAGAAACUCUGCAAAAUGUUGAUGUGGUGUACACAGUUGACGCAUGUGCCGACUCUUGGAUUGAGAGGGAGGUGACAAUGUUGAUAGCAGAUGGCUGCCCUAAGGUGUGGGUUGUAUCGUCUGACACAUUCCAUCAGCAUGCAGCGUAUGGAGCGGGUGCAUACAUUUGGAAUUGCAAGGUUCUCAUAACAGAGAUCAAAGAUGCCAAGAAGGAACUCCAAGAGCUGAUGCAUGACGAUAGCAUGUAUUCCGUCAAGGGUAAACUUCUGGAGCAUAAUUUAGACCCAGAAGUCUUCAGUGCUUUGCAAAAUUUGAAGCAACAACUCAAAAACCCUGAAGGAAGUUGAAUGAACUUGCGCAUAUAUGUCUUUACUGGGCAGUAGGAUGCUAUGAGGGUUCCAACUGGAGGAUUCUUGGAGUGUCUUCAUCUUGUAGUUUGAAGAUACGCACCCGGGCUGCACGACAUAAAUUUUGUGGUGGGAAAAGAAAGUGUCCCGAUGACUAGCGCAGACGGUUUCGCGACGGUUUUGCUCAGCAGUGGAAUGGGCAUCUCUUUCUGGAGAAGACCAAGUCCAGAUUCGUCUUACAGGACGAUGUGCUGCUCAACUGGCACGGAGACAUCAAAGAAGUUCACAAAUGUACAACGGCAACUGUGUAUUGGCCUGGGUCAUUGUCAAGAUCAUUCAGGAGUUCGAUAUGAGGGUCCAUGUGUGGGUAUUUUUUCUAAAACUGCAAAAGCAGUCUGGCAAUAAACGGAAUUUAAAGUAUAUGUGCAUCGUCAUAUGGAGUAGCUAUCCCAGAAUUGAUCAUUCUCUUCUCUAUUCAAGAUAGUUUCAAGGGGAACCUUAAAGAGAACUUUGAACACUCAACUUGUAUGCAUAUCUCCAUACACUUGCGAGAAUUUGACGAAUUUUGAGGGCUGGAGGGAUUCACUGUUUAUCUUAGCAGAACACACAUGGGCCAGGAUGUAGGAGACAUGUGGAUUCACUUUCAGCACGUGAAGUCCUUUCAUUACAGCCAUGGUAAAGUGUAUAGCCUACAAGUUUUCCAAAUUGUAUCGGCCUGCAUAACUUUCAAGUAUGCACUGGUGUAUACGAAUUUGAGUACUCUCGCAACCCUCUCCACAAACGUUCAUGAAACUUC